AUGAAUGAUUCUUCAGGAGAUAACUGGCUUAAUCCGUUUGAUGACGAGCUUUAUAUCAUCGAUGAGGAUGAUAGUCUGAAUUCUAGCCCUGCCAACGGUUUGAAGCAGGGUGUGAAUGAAGGGGAUAAUGAUGGGGAAAAUUUUGUGGAUGUCGAUGAGAUGUUUGAAACUGGAAAUGACAGUAAAAAAAACUCUGAUGUAGAAGUUAAAGUCAUGAAAAGGAUUACUGAAUUGUCUGCAGACGACAUUAGAGGGAUGGAUUUCUCUUCUGAGGAGGAAGCAUGUGAAUUCUAUUCUAAAUAUGCUCGUAUCCGUGGAUUCUCUCCAAGAAAAGAUGAUGUAUACAAGGAUGAUGAUGGCAAGAUUAUCUCACGACAGGUGGUGUGCAAUAGGGCUGGACAAAGGCAUCAGAAGCAUAUGCAUAAUAGUGGCAGAAGAAAACAACCUAAGCCUAUUACUAGAGUGGGUUGCCUUGCUAGAAUUCGAUUUCGUUGUUUUUCUAGCAGUAAAAGGUGGAAAGUGGUUUUUUUUUGCGAUGAACACAAUCACCCAUUAACACCAUAUAAGCAUGUUCAUUUGAUUCCAAAAUUCCGGCAAUUGAGUGAAGGGGACAAAGCUCAAGCAGAAGGUAUGAACCUAUUUGGUGUGAGGACCCGCAAUAUUAUGGAGGUGAUGAUGGGCCAAAAAGGUGGGGCUGAGUCGGUAGGCUUUACCGGCAAGGACUUGGCCAACCACCUAGACAAGCAAAAAAGGAAAAGAGUCAAAGAUGGUGAUGCAGUUGCGGCGCUGUCCUAUUUACAAGGAAAACUUGACACUGACCCACUAUUUUUCUUCAAGUACAACAAAUCAGAACAAGGUAAUCUCCUUAACUUGCUAUGGUGUGAUGGAACCAGUAGAAUGGAUUAUAACGUGUUUGGAGAUGUGGUUGCCUUUGAUAGCACAUACAAGAAGAACAAGUAUAACAAACCUCUUGUGAUUUUUUGUGGAUACAACCACCACAAGCAAACAACUAUCUUUGCUGCUGCACUUGUUCAUGAUGAGAAAACUGAGACUUUCAUAUGGGUUUUGGAAACCUUGACUGAAGCAAUGUUUAACAGGCAUCCUAAGGUGGCGGUUACAGAUGGAGAUCUAGCAAUGAAGGAAGCUAUUAGAGUUGUGUGGCCGAAUACCACGCAUCGUCAAUGUGCAUGGCACAUUCACCAGAAUGCUUUGAAAAAUAUUAGAAAUCUUGAUUUUGCAGAUGAAUUCAAGUUAUUUGUGUACGCUAACUUAAACCCUGACAAGUUUGGAGAGAAGUGGGAUAAACUGGUUGAGAAAUAUGGUAUAGCCAACAAUCCAUGGAUUGAUACGAUGUAUGAGACAAGAGCUUCUUGGGCAAGCACCUUCAUGCAAGACAAAUUUUUUGCCGGUAUUAGGACGACAUCCUUAUGUGAAGGUAUUAACUCAUUCAUAAAGAAUUAUCUGCACUGUAAGUGUUCCUUGUUGGAUUUUCUUUUCAAUUUUGAGCGGGCUAUGAAGAAAUACAGGCACAAUGAGUUGGAAUCUGAUUUUAAGUCUUCUUAUGGUGAGCCUGUUAUGACAACAGCACUUAGUGGCAUUGAGUAUGGAGCUGCCAAAAUAUUAACAAGGAGCAUGUUUUGGGAAGUCAAGGGUCAAAUUGAGGAUGCCCUGGGGCUAAAUGUGGAGCGUUCUGAGAAAAGAAUAUAUUGUUGUUUAUGA